AUGCUAGCCAUAACAUACAAGAAAGCGUUCAUCUCUGAGCUGCCGUCGGACUUCCUGUGCCCGGAUGGCGAGCCGGCGGCACCGGCGGGUGGUCCGGCCGCGCCCGGCGCCGGCUCCCAGCAGGAGGAGAUGGACCGGCAGGCGGCGCUGGCACUGCAGCGCCACUACAGCCGACGCGCGCCCACCAUGCAGACAGCCGCCGGCCGGCUCAACCUCACCAUCGCGCAGGCUAAGCUGACCAAGAACUACGGCUUGACGCGGAUGGACCCGUACGUGCGGUUGCGGCUGGGCCACUGCGUGUACGAGACGCAGACCUGCUACAACGGCGCCACCAACCCCCGCUGGAACAAGGCCGUCAUGUGUUACGUACCCCACGGCGUUACAUCCCUGCACCUGGAGGUGUACGACGAAUGCUCCUUCACAACCGACGACCAGCUGGUGGCGCAGGCAACCAUCCAGAUCCCUGAGUCGGUGCUGCAAGGCGGUGAAACCUCCGACGACUGGCAUCCGCUGUCCGGCAAGCAGGGCGAGGGCAAAAUGGGCAUGAUCAACCUGAUUAUGAACUACACGCCGCUGACGGGGGAGAUGCCGAUGCCGGCACCGGGCUCGGUGCCGAUGAUGAUGGCUCCGCAGGCCUACCUCGGCCUCAUGCCCACCAUCGGCGUACCCAUGUACGCGGCGCCGCCGCCGCAGCAGCCGGCCCAUCCGCAGCCGCAACCGCAGCAGCCGGCCGUCAAGCCAGAGGACGUCGCGCAGGAGAUGUUCCCGGCCAUGGACGACGAGAUCAUCCGCUCGGUGCUGGAGACGCGUGGCGGAGACAAGUCGGCUGCCAUUUCGAGCCUGCUGGAGCUCACGGCCACCUAGUGCGGCGCGUGGGCUGCGCCGGAGCGGCGCCGCCGCCUCCCGCGGCUCCAGCGCGACCCGCCCUGUGGCGUGCCGCCGGGACGGCC